GCCCCUGCCUCCGGGCUGGGGAUGCGCCUUCGUUUUCUCCGGGCGAGGGUCCCGACCCGGGGCAGCCUUCGUGGGUGGGGCGUGGGCGAAGGUGGGGUCAGGAAGGGGCGCCCGGGGCGAGCAUCGCUGGUCCCCGCGGAGCCGGCGCCGCCUCCCUCGGGCCUCCGCUCUCCAGGGCGCUGAGCCGAUGGGGCUGUAAGGGAGAGACCGGAGGAGGCUGGGGAGGGCCGUGCGGGUCUUUUGUGUGCCCCGCCUCUCGGCGGCCGGGGCGCGGAGGUCCCCUUCGAGGCACCUGCCGGGCGCCCGUGGAGGGGGUGGGGGAGAAGCUAGGGUGGGAAAGAGCAAGGAUGCGUAGCCUGGGCUUUUUUUCCCCUCGGGUGCAGAGUACCUAGGUCACUGGGAGAAAGCAGGCACUUAGGAAUAGUAGCGGGAUUAAAAUGUCUUGAUGGCAGAGAUUUGAAUCCCAAGGGAAAAGUUCGAGAGGCUUAAUUGCGAGAGAGGAAGAGAAGCAGAUGUGAGGUGGUAGGGUUUUAGCCUCAUGGUCCAAAGAGAGUCUUGAGUUUGGGAAAAGUUUUAAUGGAAAUAAGAUACUGACUGGAAGCUGUGUCAUUGUACUUGUGGUGGUGUCUGUAAGAUUUCUCUGUCAGUAUCGGUAGCAGGCUGUAUACAGAAAUUGGGAGAGAUGGGAAGACAGCAUUGCUUCAGAAAAAUGGAGAUUACCGUCUUGACUUAUUGGGAUGGAGAGGGUUAAAUCCACCACACAGGGUGAAAUCUAUCUCCAUGACAACAUUCACACAACAGGAAAUUGAAUUCCUGCAAAAACAUGGAAAUGAAGUCUGUAAACAGAUUUGGCUAGGAUUAUUUGAUGAUAGAUCUUCAGCAAUUCCAGACUUCAGGGAUCCACAGAAAGUGAAAGAGUUCCUACAAGAAAAGUAUGAAAAGAAAAGAUGGUACGUCCCUCCAGAACAAGCCAAAGUGGUGGCAUCAGUUCAUGCAUCUAUUUCAGGGUCCUCUGCCAGUAGCACAAGCAGUACACCUGAGGUCAAACCACUGAAGUCUCUUUUAGGAGAUUCAGCACCAGCACUGCACUUAAAUAAGGGCACACCUAGUCAGUCUCCAGUUGUAGGUCGCUCUCAAGGGCAGCAGCAGGAAAAGAAGCAGUUUGACCUUUUAAGUGAUCUUGGCUCAGACAUCUUUGCUGCUCCAGCACCUCAAUCAACAGCUACAGCCAAUUUUGCUAACUUUGCACAUUUCAACAGUCACGCAGCUCAGAAUUCUGCAAAUGCAGAUUUUGCAAACUUUGAUGCAUUUGGACAGUCUAGUGGUUCGAGUAAUUUUGGAGGUUUCCCCACAGCGAGUCACUCUCCUUUUCAGCCCCAAACUACAGCAUUUAGAAUGCUUUCAUCUAGCUGCAGUUUUGGUGAAUUUACUUCAGCUUUUCCUCUCCAGGCUUCCAACAGUGGAAGUGCUGGAUCAGUAAAUGCUAAUUUUGCUCAUUUUGAUAACUUCCCCAAAUCCUCCAGUGCUGAUUUUGGAACCUUCAAUACUUCCCAGAGUCAUCAAACAGCAUCAGCUAUUAGUAAAGUUUCAACGAACAAAGCUGGUCUACAGACUACAGACAAAUAUGCAGCACUUGCUAAUUUAGACAAUAUCUUCAGUGCUGGGCAAGGUGGUGAUCAGGGGAGUGGCUUUGGGACCGCAGGUAAAGCUCCUGUUGGUUCUGUGGUUUCAGUUCCCAGUCAGUCAAGUGCAUCCUCAGACAAAUAUGCAGCCCUGGCAGAACUAGACAGCGUUUUCAGCUCUGCAGCCACUUCCAGUAACGCAUAUACUUCCACAAGUAAUGCUAGCAGCAGUGUUUUUGGAACAGUGCCAGUGGGUGCUUCGGCACAGACACAGCCUGCUUCUUCAAGUGUGCCUGCUCCCUUUGGAGCUACGCCUUCCACAAAUCCAUUUGUUGCUGCUGCUGGUCCUUCUGUGGCAUCUUCUACAAAUCCAUUUCAGACCAAUGCCAGAGGAGCAACAGGCCUUUCUGGAGCAAUGCAUUCUCAAGUGUUUCCUCACGCUCAUUUUGCCGCGACCUUUGGCACCGCCUCCAUGAGCAUGCCCGCGGGCUUCGGGACUCCCGCUUCCUAUAGUCUUCCCACCAGCUUCAGCGGCAGCUUCCAGCAGCCUGCCUUCCCAGCCCAAGCAGCUUUCCCUCAACAGACAGCUUUCUCUCAACAGCCCAAUGGUGCAGGUUUUGCAGCAUUUGGACAAACAAAGCCAGUGGUAACCCCUUUUGGUCAAGUUGCAGCUGCUGGAGUAUCUAGUAAUCCUUUUAUGACUGGUGCACCAACAGGACAAUUUCCAACAGGAAGCUCAUCAACCAAUCCUUUCUUAUAGCCUUAUAUAGACACUUUACUGGAACGAACUUUUACGUGGUCACAUUACAUCUCUCCGCCUCUUGCACUGUUGUCUUGUUUCACUGAUCUUAGCUUUAAACACAAGAGAAGUCUUUAAAAAGCCUGCAUUGUGUAUUAAACACCAGGUAAUAUGUGCAAAACAGAGGGCUCCGGUAACAACUUUUAACCUGUGAAUUGGCAGAAAAAGGUAGCGGUAUCAUGUAUAUUAAAAAUUGGCUAAUAUUAAGUUAUUGCAGAUACCACAUUCAUUAUGCUGCAGUACUGUACAUAUUUUUCUUAGAAAUUAGCUAUUUGUGCAUAUCAGUAUUUGUAACUUUAACACAUUGUUAUGUGAGAAAUGUUACUGGGGAGAUAGAUCAGCCACUUUUAAGGUGCUGUCAUAUAUCUUGGAAUGAAUGACCUAAAAUCAUUUUAACCAUUGCUACUGGAAAGUUACAAAGUCAAAAUUGGAAGGUUUUAUUCAUUCUUGAAUUUUUCCUUUCUAAAGAGCUCUUCUAUUUAUACAUACCUAAAUUCUUUAAAAAUGUUAGAGGGAUACCUGUCUGCAUAAUAAAGCUGAUCAUGUUUUGCUACAGUUUGCAGGUGAAAAAAAUAAAUAUUAGAAAAUAUGCUAUUGUUUUUGUGUUCUUGCUGCAAUGCCUUUACCAAAGUGGCCUUAAAAUAUGAGUAGUGAAUUGAGAACAUCUUGAAUUCUUAAAUUAGAAUUUCAGAAGACUUCUAGUGACUAACUUUUAUGUCUAAAAGAAAAAAUUUUAUAAAAAAGGCCAUGUAGAAAAUUUAUUAAAACUACGAUGACUGCUAUAUUCAGGAAUAUGUCAGUGGUAAAGCAUUUAAAUGUAGCUUGUCAGAUUCACCGUAAUCCUUCUAAUUUCUUUGCAACUUCUUAAUUUUGUGAAAAUUUGUAUAUAUGAAGAAUUUGCAUGUAUGUGUAUUUACAAAUUUUUUUAAGUAUCUUGAAUUCUCAGACUGCAGAAGUCCUAUUUUAACUAUUGAUUUUUAAACAAAAAUACUGUCUUUGAAUGUAUUGGAAGCAGACAUGCAUUAACUGUGACAUGAUUGCACCUCAGUUUUUUUUUCCCCCCUUUGUUUGGACAAACUGAUAUUAUUAAAAUAGGACAUUUAUUUAUGUUCAUUUCUGGGGGAAAAAAACUGGAACCCAGUGUUACCUUAAAGUUAUAGAAUACUUUGUUUAAAAAGGCAACGAUACUAAUGUUUAGUUAGAUCUUUUUGUUAAUAGAUGAACUUGUUUAAAUAUUUAUGUACAGUAAUGCCUCAUUCAUCGAGAUGUAAUCUAGCAGUCUCAUCAAUACAGAACACAACUGAGAAACUUGGAAUAAUUCUUUUUUAAAUGCCUUUGAGCAACCCACAUAAGUCACAGGGUCUCUAUAUGUUUGUUUUUAUGUGAAAUUUUGAUUAUUUGAUUUCCCAGCCUAGCAUAUUAGCAGUUCAGAAGUGACGGUUUGGAAGGAGAUAGAAAAACCAUGAAAACCUGUCGACCAUUUAGGGUAAGGACAGCCAGGCCAGCCUAGAGGACAUCACUGUAUUACAUCAUGUUCUGAUAAUAGUCUGGUACUAUGACUCUGUGUCAUCAAGAAAAGGUAAAAUUACAUAAACAAAUGUAAUACGUGUUUGGAAAGUUUUAUCUUACAAUGAUUAAACGUUUUUUUUAAAGUUUUGGUAUUAAAAGAAGUGAACAUCAGUUUCUUCAAACAUUUUAUUUGUGUUGAAUACCUUUUCCAGUGGUGACUACAUGAGUUUUUACACAAUCUUAAAGUCUGUGUAGUGUUCCAGACUUGGUAAAACCUUGCUGUCCCAUUGCAUCUCCAGCUCAGUGUGUGGUUUAUCUUAACUAUUUUGAUGAGCAAGAAGACUGGGAAAUCUCUGCCUCUUUUUGAACAUUAUGCCUCUUCUCUUAAUAUUGAAUGAAUGCUGCAGAGGUCUCGAUAUGUGGGCUGAAAUACCUUGAAAUACCUACAGUUUGGGGGUCUCUCUCCAGCCCUUUUUUCAUGGAGGGAAUGCUUAAGAAAUGUCUUUGAAUUUCUGUGUUUUAGAUUGUACAAUUCAUAUGUACAAAGUUAUACUAUAUAAUUGUAGGCCAUUACCGAAAUAACCUACCAGGCUUUCCAUCUAAAAAUAAGUAAAUUAAACAGUUGUUAUUAAAAUAAUUUUAAAGACUUUUUUUUCCGGGUAAAUCUUGAACUUUGUAAGUAAAUGAGAACUCUUAUUGACUUACUUUAAAUGAGUGCUUAUAAAAUCGAAAUCCUUAGUUUAAAAAGUGAUCCAGCCUUAAUGUGGAUUUAAAUUCACUUUUGUUAGACUUUCCUAUUCAGAUUUACUUUUGGUUUUAUAUAGACCCAUCAGAAUUGUGUUGAGUACUGAAGAGGAGGACAAGUCUGAAGAACUCCAAAUUUUCUGGCUUACUGGUUCAAUCAGAUCUUCUCUCCUGUCUUUGCUCUGGAAGGAGAAUUUUCUUUUUUUUUAGAGUGGCAAACAUUGUUGAUACAGUUUAAAGGCAUAUUUUUUUCUCAUUUUUGUGACAAUAGAGAUUAGGCAAUCACUUUCUUCCUUAAAAUAAUUCCUUUUUUAAAUUUGAAGAAGCCUCUCAGCGCUUUACCUGUGCGUUGCCCUAGCCCCCAGCACACACCUUCUUUGGUACAGUUCCUGGAAGUUGGGAAAAUGGAGAGAAGGCUAACUGGCUGCUUUUGUAUGGCAGCACUCACAGUUCUCAAACAUUUUGGUCUCUUUUAAAAAAAUUACUGAAGAUACCCAAAGAGCUUUUGUUUAUGUAGCUUGUAUCUAUCAGAAAUUACUGUAUUAGAAAUUAAUACUGACAUACUUAAAAAACGUGUUUAUUCAUUUAAAUAUAACAAACCCAUUGCAUGUUAACAUAAAUGCCAUUUUUAAAUAAAAACUAGUUGUCUUCCAAAAGCAGUUAAUUAAUGAGAAGAACAUUGUUUUAUGUUUUGCACAUCUCUUUUUGCACCUGGCCUGAGAAGCAGUGAGUUUCUCCUGCUCCCUUGGCAUCACAGUGAUUUUUCUGUCAUGUGGCAUGCGAGCCCUGGAAAACUCCACUGUGCACUUGUGAACUCAUGAGUGAGACAGACCUAUAACAUUUUAGUAGUAGUAUGAAAAUAGUUGUGACACUUGGCUUUUGGGGACUCUCAGAGGUCCUCAGACUACACUUUGAAAACCACUGUGCUACACUUUAAAUUUCUAUUUUCCAGAAUAACAGUGUGUGGUUGUAGGGUAAACAUAGUGCUCCUUGAACUUCCAAGUGGUUUUCUUUGCUUGGUGGGAAAAGUGGAACGUUGAGUUGAAACGGCAAACGUUUUUAAUACUGUUUUCUGGAUUUUCUAUUUCUGUUUGAAAUUGUUUUAAUAAUGAUGACAUUGGUGAAUAUGUCCUUCAAGGAUAUUACAAGUUCUGAUUCAUGGUUAUUGAUGUUUAUUUUGGAAUCAUUUAUUCCGACCACUUUGAAAUUGUGUCGUCAUUUAAUAGCUAUCAAAUAGCUAUUUUAAAAAUGAAAAAAUGCUUUGCUGAAGAGGUCAAAAUGAAUAGUUUCUUCUCUCUCAUGUUUAUAGUUAAUAAUUUUAGCUAUAGUUAAAGAAUUUUUUUAAUGAAAAGUGGAUUCCUCUAACAAAAAAAUCACUACCCUCCAGGAAGUCCACUAUUACGAUUUAAAGGAAUGUGUUUACUUCUUUAGAAAGAGGUUUCCUAUGGUUUUCCCACCAGUGGCUUUUUAUACGUUGUUCAUCUUUAAAGAGAGCACUUGGUGUUGCUUCUCAUUUAAACAGAAUGCUUGGAAAUUCUUUUUGAAGUGACUUUAAAAGAUAGUUUACAAUAAUUAGUCACCACAAACUCUGGCUUUGUUACUGCUAUUGUUGGCAUAUUGUAAAAUAGGCUUUUUUUGAGCUAAUACUCCAUUUCCAUCCCCAGGCAGGCCCUGUGCCUUGCUUCUUGGGCCUUCUUCGUCUGUGUGUUGUGCUCCUUCACUGAACUUGUGUUCAUAAUGACUCACCUCAUCUUUGGUCUCCACCAACAGUCUCAGACUUCCAUCAGAAAAUUAAUCUCUAGGAGACCAUUGUGAAGAUACGUUUUUUAAAAAGUAAUGACUUCAAAGUAUGUGGUGGUAUUAUGGGGUGUGAUUUAUUAAGCCCUUUAAAUGUAUGAGAAACUUGCUAAGUGCUCUUCAUGUAUUAUACAAUCCUGAAGUGGAUGCAUACUUUAAGGAUGAAGGAAGGCAAGGCAUAGGGAGGCUAAGCUAAUGACAGAGCUUUUGCUCUGGAGAGCAAAUAUUUCAUUGUUGGAUUGAAGGGCUGUCACAUUUCUGUGUAAGUAGCCCUUUAAAAAAAGUCUUAAAAUUCCAGGAGAGUUACUUUCUAUAUCCCGUAUACCUAAUAAAACUUAGUUAUUUAAUUUGAGUUCCAUUCAUAAUUUGAUGAAAUCAAUACAGUUUAUUCACUAGGCUUUUAUUUAAACUUUACAAGUUAAUUAAUGGGGUAAUUAGUGGACCUUGUUUUAAACUAAAGAAGCAUCUGUGAAGUAUUACAGUGAUCCCUAUUUUGUGAGAAACAUUCCCUCUUUUAUUGAUACGGUUUGUGCCUUAGGUGGUUUUAAAAUUUACUUUCUAAAGGAUGCCAUUAUUAAAAUUUGUGUUAAGUUAGCCUAUUAUAUGAAAUUCAUCCUCACUAGUUAAAUUUUCCUUUGUAUAUUUUAGAACAUUAUAAUGUCAUUAAUUAAAAAUUUGCAUUGUAUAUUUGAACAAGUGAAUAUAUGACCAAGAUGUAAUUCUUAGUGUUGUGCCGAUGAGACUUUUUCUCUCAUGAAAAAGUGCCCUGUUCUGUACUGCUUUACUGAUAUUUGUGGUGUAGAUACUCUCACAAUGGCUGAUGUCACCUAUCAAUCUGAUGUCAUUAAACUUGGAAUUAGAAAGAGAUGUGCACCAGGCUCCCAGGCCUUUGCAAGCCAACUCCAGUGCAGCGCUCACAAUUCUACAACUCAUUCAUUAAAUUUAUUGGUGAUUGUAUCCAAUAUUUGAAGAGCCUUUUGUUUAUGUUGUUAAUUUAGCAAGCAUUUGGACACUAAUUCAGUUUAAUAAGUGAAUGGGGCAUGGUGUUAUUUAAUCUGGAAAGACUCAAGUAUUGUGAACCUUGGUAUUAAAAAGUCCAGUUAUUGUGCUAAUGGUAAGGCUUGCACAGUCGUGACAUAUACUCUGAAUUCUGUCUGCGGUUUUUUGUUUGACCAGCACAGUGUUUUAAAAACUUGGAUUUUUGAAUAGUUUUAAAGCAUGCACGCUUAAGGUGGCCACUGGCCUACUCCCAGUUUUCUUAGCCUCAAACAUUCAAAUGUAUUUUAAGACCUUCGAGUUGGCAAAUCCCAUGUCUGGGUAAGAGGGUUCUUAUGAAACCUCAUUGUUCUGAUUUUGGAGUCCUGUAGGAUUUAAAUGUAUGGUAUUAAUUUCCAGUGAAGACUUUUGCUAAGAAUGUGUUUCUUUUCAAACUUUUGGCAUCUGUGUAUUCUGUUUAUUUUAUAGCCCUGCAUAAGAAUUCAACGUGUGUUUAAAUAGUUUUUGGAAUCUAUGCUUGUCUAACUCAAAGGGCUGUGGAGUUUAAUGAAAAGAGAAAUCUUGUGACUCGGACUCUUGUAAAAAGGAAAAGUGAUCUUGGAUAAAAUAUUUUAAUUAGUGAUUAAAAUGCCCAUUUAAGUUAAUUUUGUCAUUGGUUCUCUAGAAUCUUGACUUGGUAUCAUCCAAGUCACAGUUUAAUCAAUGAGAGUUAAGAUUUAAACUCUAAAUUCUCAGUAUUUUCUCUUAAUCUUGAGAGAGAGGAAGCACACACCCAAGGAGCCUUCUAAUUUUGUCUAAAUGACCAUUAAAUAAACGGCAGCAAAGAAUUGUAAACUGAUGUUAUAUGGUUAAUGUUUCAUAGAAUGCUGUGGGUACAAUCAGGUUUUUUAAAGACUUUUUUUUUAUGUUAUAAAACAUGCUUAUGAUUUUUAAAAAUUAUGCAAUAUAUAAAGGGUAUAAAGUGAAAAAUUACAUCUCGUCUCCUUCCUGUGACUUCAUUCCCACACCCCAGGGGAGUACAGUUUCUUGUAUUCUUGUGUAGUCCUUCAGAAAUGUUAGCAUUUAUCUCAUAUGCCUCUGUAGACAUACAUACUCCUCUUGCUGUCCUCCUUUAUUUUAAAUGUACAAUUUUGUAACUUGGUUCUUUUUAUUUAAUUUGGUUUUCUUUACAUAGUAGCACAUCCAGCUCUAACUCAUUAUUUUAAUGGCUGCAGGAUUUCAUUAUAUGGAUGUCCCUUUUGGAGAGUAUUUGUAUAGAUUUUUCUACUAAAAACAUUAUUAAAAUUGAGAACAUCCUUAUGCAUAUGUGAAGAUAAGUCUUGACCCUGCCUGACUGGAAACUCAAUAAAACAGACCUCAUUCAACUUUGAGGCUCACCAGCUG